AUGAACGCGAUUAAUCUCGGCGCGAAAGGACGUAACGCGCAGCUCGUCGCCAUAUUCUGCCUAUGGAAAGCGCUGCUCCUCUCGCUCGCUGCAUUCUGCCCAGGUCCCGGAUACGACACCUCUGGUCUCAUACUGCUCAACACGAGCGCCCGGCGUCAUGUUGAGCUGGAUGUCACCUCCCGCUAUGAGCGUUUUGUCCUCAAUCUGCUCCGCUGGGACGCAUUGUACUUUGUGAAAGCAGCUGAGCGGGGUCAUGUCCACGAGCAAGCGUGGGCCUUCAGCGGGGCGUAUUCGUAUCUCCUGAGACUAACCGGUCAAUUGAUGGCUGGCGAUGCGCAGGACCCUCUGCACUACUAUGCUCUGGCCGGAAUCAUCCUUUCCAACAUCUGCCACCUCCUCUCUGUGCUAGUGCUGUAUCGCCUAUUGACCUUGGUCCUGGAACCUCAACGGCGACAGAUCAUCCCAUUCAUCGCCGCUGUCUUGCAUAUCCUGACGCCAGCUUCUCUUUUUAUGAGUGCACCGUAUGCCGAAGCCAUGUUCUCAUUGCUCAAUUUCACAGGCAUGCUCCUCUAUGCUCAAUCUCAAACUGCGGCUGAGACUGGAACGUCAUGGGUUCGAGCGGACUUUCAAAAGAUUGGCUCUGGUGCUUUUUUCGCAGCAGCUACACUGAUGCGAAGCAACGGUCUACUCAGCGGCUUAAUUCUCCUAUACGAUGUCGCUAAGUACAUGCCCUCUCUGAUGUCUGCGCAGUUGCGUAUACCAGAUGAACGUAGGACUCUUCCGUUACUGGACCAUCUCUAA